UAGACUGCAACGGCCACACUACGCUCUUUUAGCGAGGCUAAGGCAAAACUGUCACAUUUACAUCUCAAAUCUGGCAAAAUUCUGUCGGAAAUAACCAAAACACACCAGCAGUAACACUCCCCAGACAAAAGCAAAUACACAACGUCGACAGAGAAGCAGCAGAGAAAGUAGCAGCAACAUGCCCAAGAAUAAAGGAAAAGGUGGCAAAAAUCGUCGUCGUGGUAAGAACGAGAAUGAAUUCGAGAAACGUGAAUUGAUCUUUAAGGAGGAUCAACAGGAGUACGCUCAAGUGACCAAAAUGCUGGGCAAUGGUCGUUUGGAGGCAAUGUGCUUUGAUGGCGUCAAACGUCUGUGUCACAUUCGGGGGAAACUUCGCAAGAAGGUUUGGAUCAAUCAAGGUGACAUUAUAUUGGUUGGUUUGCGUGAUUAUCAGGACUCGAAGGCUGAUGUUAUAUUGAAGUAUACACCGGAUGAAGCUAGAAAUCUGAAGACUUAUGGCGAAUUCCCCGAAUCGGUGCGCAUCAAUGAGACAGUCACAUUCGUUGAGGAUGGCUUCGAUGAAGAUAUUGAAUUCGGUGAUGAAAUUAGCUCAGAGGAUGAUGCUGAUUCUGUGGAUAAUAUCUGAUUAACAAGAAAUAAAUUAACAAUAGCAACAUCAACUACAACAACAACAACAACAACAGCAGCAGGAGCAUCGACAGCAAAACAAGUAGUGGAGAGUCAUCGUCAAGAUUAGGGAAUUAAACGAAUUGUAAAAAGCAUAAAAGAGUAUAGAAGGAAAGCUAAUAAUACAUAAUAUCUCCUCCUCCCCACACCCCUCCCAUCAAACAAACAACCAGCCAAUCAAGAAACCAAUCCUCCUCCCUCUUACCAACCACUUUGAUUUAAAGGGAGAGGCGGCACACAAAACAAAACAAAAAAUCAGUUGUACAAUUUAACAAAUUUUCCAUGCUAUUGUUUAUUUGGUAUGAAUUAAAAAAAAUAAUAAAACAUUUACAAGUCAAGUAGUAAGGUUCCAAAA